CACAUAGAACCAGAUUUUCUUUUGUCGGCGCCGUGCUCUUGGGUAGCUUCCUGGACGACUUGACGAUCAAACCGCAAACUAUAGCUUCUUGCCUUCUUCUUUCCUCGUCCCUACAAAUAAAUCUCCACUCCGGAUCCCAUUUACCUCCUUCAGAGUUCCGGCAAGAUGCUGUCUAGAAACUCGACAAGGACGGCUACGAGCCUCUUGCGCGCCGCCGCCAAGCAACAGCAACCAUCGAUCGCCGCACGAUCCUACGCGACCGUCCAGCGCGACAUCUUCAAGCCCGCCAAGUACGGCGGCAAGUACACCGUCACCCUUAUCCCCGGUGAUGGUAUCGGUUCCGAGGUUGCAGAGAGCGUCAAGACGCUCUUCAAGGCCGACAAUGUCCCCAUCGAGUGGGAGCAGCUCGACGUCACGGGUAUCGACAGCGGCACGAGCACCAGGUCGGCUGAGGACAUGUUCAAGGAGGCCGUGGCGUCGCUGCGCCGCAACAAGCUGGGCCUGAAGGGUAUUCUGCACACCCCGCUCGAGCGCUCCGGACACAAGUCCUUCAACGUGGCCAUGCGCCAGGAGCUCGACAUCUACGCCUCCAUCUCGCUGAUCAAGAACGUUCCCGGCUACGAGACGCGCCACAAGAACGUCGACAUGUGCAUCAUCCGUGAGAACACCGAGGGUGAAUACUCGGGCCUCGAGCACCAGUCGGUCAAGGGCGUCGUCGAGUCGCUCAAGAUCAUCACGCGUGCCAAGUCGGAGCGCAUCGCCAAGUUCGCCUUCAGCUUCGCCCUGGCCAACAACCGCAAGAAGGUGACGUGUAUCCACAAGGCCAACAUCAUGAAGCUGGCCGACGGCCUGUUCCGCACCACCUUCCAGAAGACGGCCGCCGAGUACCCCACCAUCGAGGCCAAUGACAUGAUCGUCGACAACGCCUCCAUGCAGUGCGUCUCUAGGCCCCAGCAGUUCGACGUCAUGGUCAUGCCUAACCUGUACGGCGGCAUCCUGUCCAACAUUGGCGCGGCGCUGGUGGGCGGUCCGGGUAUCGUGCCUGGCUGCAACAUGGGUCGUGACGUCGCUGUCUUCGAGCCAGGCUGCCGUCACGUCGGCCUCGAUAUCCAGGGCAAGGACCAGGCCAACCCCAGCGCGCUGAUCCUGUCCGGCAGCAUGCUCCUCCGCCACCUCGGCCUCGACGAUCACGCCAACAGGAUCUCCAAGGCCAUCUACGCAGUUAUUGCCGACGGCAAGGUGCGCACCCGCGACAUGGGUGGUGUCAACUCGACGCACGAGUUCACCAAGGCCAUCCUGGAGAAGAUGGAGAAGUCGUAGAAGGAGACAAGAGAGGAUGAGAGACAGAAGGAGAUGCAUAUACAUACACACAACACACUACACAGACACACCCACACCCACAACUCACACAAUGGACCAGAAUGCGUGGAGGCUGAGAUAUCCAGUGGAGGCUGGCAAGGAGGGGAAAAUCGAGAUUGAUUACGAAUCAAAAAUAACAAAACAAAAGGGAUGGUAUCUUGCAUCAGGGCGGUAACGGCUGGGCAAGGUAGACUGUCAUGGAGGGCGUCAGCGGGGGUGGUCAUCUCUGCGCCCUCAGGGUAGCAAUACCAUGUAUAACCUAGUGGGCAAGCAUAUAUAAAUCAACUGCAUCUUUUCUUACU